ACGCAAAGACUUUUGUUGUUGGUCGGUCCAUUGGUCUUCUCUCUCUCUCUCUCCCGCACAUACACUGAUACAUAUACAAACUCGCGCUCUCUCUCUCUCUCACACAUACACACACAAACAGAAAUUACUGACAAAAAGUUGAUUCAUCUGGUGCUUCUAUCAGCACUGGAUAUAGCAUCUCAUUACUUCAUGAAUAUUGUUCAAAACUUCCCUGUGAUGAGUUUUUUGACCCCAACCCCAAGCCAGUAUUCUUUUAUUUUGAUGACUUAGGAGGUACUGUCUACCACAUAAAUUUACCUCCCAGUGCUCCACUACGUCGAGUUAUUGGCACACCACAAUCUUCACUUGAAGCAGCUAAAAAAGACGCCUGUCUGAAAGCAAUUGAAAUGUUACAUAAAAAGGGUGCCUUGAAUGACUGUCUCCUGGUUGGGCAAGAUGAUGUAGAUGUAGACGGAAUGGGGCUGGAUUCUUCUGACUCAGAUAGCUGUGAAGGUGAGGAUCCACGAGGUGAACUGCAUGAGAUGCAAGUUCCUGCUGUGCUAAAAGAACCGUGGACUAACUUGGAGAAUCCUGUCCAUUUUUACUCUUACUACAUAGAAUUUAUUCCACAUCCUGAGGAUAGGGACUACAAAAAAUUUGGUCUAUUUGUCAAAGCAGCCCUGCCUGAAGAGGCCGAAAGAAUGGAACUUGAUCUUCAUCUGGCUCGUGGUAGAUCUGUGAUGACCAAGUUUGUGCCUUCGGGAGUUGCAGAAUUUGAUAAAGAUGAGAUUGUGCUGGCACAGAAUUUUCAAGAAAUGUACCUCAAGGUCAUCCUUGAACGAUCAAAAUUUGUUCCUGAAUCCGUUUCCUUGGGAAAGAGCAAUACUUGUGAAUCAAGUUCAUUGACAUUCUACCUGUUGCUUCCAGUAAUUUUGCAUGAUAGUGAUAAAAAAAUUACCGUAGAUUGGAAGAUUAUUAGAAGAUGUUUAUCAUCCCCUAUUUUUAGGACCCCAGAAGAUGCCGUGGAAAAGGAAAAUUUCCCUUUGGGUGAUAAUUUGCUACUUGCCAAUGGUUGCAGAAGCAUAAGUGAGGUUAAGGAUAGUUUAGUGUAUGCCACUCCAUACAAACAGGGUUUUUUCUUCAUCACUGGCAUAGUUGAUGGAAAGAGCGGAUACAGCCCUCAUUCAGAAACUUCAAGGUUUCGCGUUCAACUCAAAUACCCUGAACAACCUCUUUUACAAGCAAAACCGCUUUUUGGCUUGCGUAACUUGCUACAUAACCGAAAGCCAGAAGAUUCAGUGUCAAAAACAGAAUCACGUAAACUGGAGGAGUACUUUACUGAUUUGCCUCCCGAGCUUUGUCAGUUGAAGAUAAUAGGGUUUUCUAAAGAUAUUGGUAGUUCGAUAUCUUUAUUACCAUCAAUCAUGCAUCGUCUGGAAAACUUUCUUUUGGCCAUUGAACUGAAGAAGACAUUUUCUGCUGCAUUCCCAGAAGGAGCUGAAAUUACUUGUGAUAGAGUCCUAGAAGCACUCACCACUGAGAAGUGCCAGGAGGGCUUUUCCCUUGAAAGGCUUGAAGUACUAGGUGAUGCUUUUCUCAAGUUUGCAGUUGGACGGCGCCUAUUUCUUUUGCAUGAUACCCUUGAUGAAGGAGAACUUACAAGGAAACGUUCUAAUGUUGUAAACAACUCCAAUUUGUACAAACUAGCAACUAGGAGCAAGUUACAGGUAUACAUACGUGAUCAGUCAUUUGAUCCCUUGAAAUUCUAUGCUUUCGGUCGCCCUUGCCCAAUAAUUUGUAACAAGCAAAAUGAAGGUUCUACUCAUUCCCGGUCAAGUAAUCUUGCGGAUCGUGCAAGUUUUAAUGAAGUCAGGUGCAGUAAAGGUCACCACUGGUUAGAUAAGAAAACAAUUGCUGAUGUGGUUGAAGCUCUUGUUGGAGCAUUCAUAGUUGACAGUGGCUUCAAAGCCGCAACUAGCUUUCUUCGAUGGAUUGGCAUACAAGUGGACUUUGAAGCCUCACAAGUUUCAAAUGUCUGCAUUGCAAGCACUAGAUACAUGCCACUUAGAGCUCGUAUGGACAUUGGUGCCCUUGAAAAUUUGUUAGGGCAUCAGUUUCUCCAUAGAGGUCUGCUUCUACAGGCAUUUGUACAUCCUUCUUACAACCAGCAUGGAGGAGGCUGCUAUCAGAGAUUGGAGUUUCUUGGAGAUGCUGUGUUGGAUUACUUAAUCACAUCAUAUCUGUAUUCAGUUUAUCCAAAGUUGAAGCCUGGUCAAUUGACAGAUUUGAGAUCGGUAUUUGUGAACAACAAGGCCUUUGCAAAUGUUGCAGUAGAUAGAUCCUUCCACCAAUUUCUCAUCUGUGAUUCCAGUGGCCUUACUGAGGCCAUCAAAAUUUAUGUGGACUCUGUUAAAAAUCCUGCACCAGAAGGAAGUCCUCAUGAGGGGCCAAAAUAUCCCAAGGCUUUGGGUGACUUGGUAGAGUCUUGUGUGGGUGCCAUUCUUCUUGAUACAGGGUUUAACUUGAACCUUGUGUGGAAGAUAAUGCUUUCCUUUUUGGAUCCAAUAAUGAGGUUCUCCAGUUUUCAGCUUAGUCCUAUUAGAGAACUGACAGAACUUUGCCAAUCUCAUAAUUGGGUCCUACGAACUUCAGCAUCAAAGAAGGAUAGAAUAUUUUCAGUUGAAGUACAGGUGAACGGAGAAGAUGUUUGUGUAACUGAUUCUGCAACCAACCUGAACAAGAAAGAAGCUAUUAGAAUUGCUUCACAAAGAAUAUUUGCAAAGUUGAAGGCUCAAGGCUACAAGCUCAAGUCAUCUUUGGAGGAAGUUUUGAAGUCAAGCUGCAAGAUGGAAGCCAAACUAAUUGGAUAUGAUGAAACACCUAUAGAUGUAACUACUCCUGAUGCCAAAUUACCAAACUGGAAAUGAAAUACUGUUGCCACAAAAAUCAAGUUUUUAGUAUAAAAAAAAUGUAUACAAAGCAAAACCAAGCAUUUGUUUAAUAUUAUGAAAGUAAGAUUUUAUUAAGAGACAA